CUCUUAAUUCUCAUAACCCUGCUCCGGAGGUAGUACAGCCCCAUUUUGUGGGAGGAGACUCAGUGGAUAUGAAUCUGAGCAAACUCGGAGAUGGUGAAGGAAGGCGAGCCUGGCGUGCCGUAGUCCGUGGGGUCGCGAAGAUUCCCACACGACUUAGCGACUGAACAGCAAGUGGCUGGAGAACUGGGGCAGAUUAAGGCGCUGGGCCAAGACCACAGGGGAGGGCCUGCUCUGGAUGCGGGGUGUGCCCACCGCGGGAGAUUCAUCUGGGGAAGAUGAGCCACUCGGUGAGGAGGACCUGCCCAGUGAAGAGGAUAUGCCUGGAGAGGAGGACUCACCUGGAGAAGAGGACCUACCUGGAUUGAAGACAGACGCAGGAGAAGAGAAUUCUCUGAAGUCAGAGGAUCUGCCAACCGUUGAAGUACCCGGGGACACUCAAGGCCCCCAGAAUAACGCCCACAGAGACGAAAAAGGGGAUGGCCACAGUCAUUGGCGCUAUGGAGGCGCUCCGCCAUGGCCCCAGGUGUCCCCAGCCUGCGCUGGCCGUUUUCAAUCCCCGGUAGACAUCCGCCCGGAGCUCACCGCCUUUUGUCCAGCCCUGCGACCCCUGGAACUCCUUGGCUUUGAGCUCCCGCCACGACCAAAACUGCGCCUGUGCAACAAUGGCCACACCGUGCAGCUGAGCCUGCCUUCCGGACUGAAGAUGGCCUUGGGUCCCGGGCAGGAGUACCGGGCCCUGCAGUUACAUUUGCACUGGGGGGCCCCAGGUCGCCCGGGCUCGGAACACACGGUUGAUGGUCACCGUUUUCCUGCCGAGAUUCACGUGGUUCACCUCAGCACUGCAUUUGAGGAAUCUGACGAGGCCUUGGGGCGCCCAGGGGGCUUGGCCGUCUUGGCCGCCUUUCUGCAGGAAGGCCCAGAAGAAAACAGUGCCUAUGAACAGUUGCUGUCACGUUUGGGAGAAAUCACCGAGGAAGACUCUGAGACUUGGGUCCCAGGACUGGAUGUAUCUGCGCUGCUGCCCUCUGACCUCAGCCGCUACUUCCGAUACGAGGGGUCUCUCACCACACCCCCCUGUGCCCAGGGGGUCAUCUGGACUGUGUUCAACCAGACAGUAAAGCUGAGUGCUAAGCAGCUCCACACCCUCUCUGACUCCCUGUGGGGACCUGACGACUCUCGGCUACAGCUGAACUUCCGAGCCGCGCAGCCUUUGAAUGGGCGAAUCAUUGAGGCCUCCUUCCCUGCUGGUGUGGAUGGCAGCCCUAGGACUGUUGAACCAGGUGCCGCUUUGUCUACUGAUGCUGGGCCCCCCUCCAGCCACAGGGCCCUCAUCCUCUCUUGUCUGUCACUGGUGGUCACAGGCCCCAGCUCUAACAUCUGCUUUUUCUCUUCAGUCCACCUGAAUUCCUGUCUCGCUGCUGGCGACAUCCUGGCCCUGGUUUUUGGCCUCCUCUUUGCUGUUACCAGCAUCGCCUUCCUUGUGCAAAUGAGAAGGCAGCAAAGACACCCAAGUGAAACCAAAGGGAGUGUUAGCUACCACCCAGCAGAGGUCACAGAGACUGUUGCCUAGAGGCCUGCCACUUGGAGAAUAUGCAGAGAAGCUGGUCAGAGGAAUCUGAAGGGCAGCUGAAGACUCUGUCCUGUUCGCUAUACCACUUCCUUUUAAACCUCCAAAGAUUAUUUUUAAAAAUGAAUAUUUCUAAUAAAACCUGUGGAAAGCAAA